GAGCCGAAAUAAAACGCAUGCCUUCUUUCAAACUUCUUCCACUCCACUAAGUUCUAGCUAGUGCCACUUGAGAUUCCCUCCUCCAAAGGCCUAUAUGCUUUCUCCUCCUCUCUCUAGAGGUUGACCUCAACAAAUAAAAAGCAGACUUGCAAAGAGAUCGUGGAGAUCGAGAGAGCAAAAGCUAGAGAGAGUGUGCAAAGAGAGAGGAGGGUGAGUGCUUGUGCUUGCUUGUGUGUGGAGAGAAAGAGAUCAGCGUAUCAAAGGAGAAUAUGGAUAGGGGACUCGUCCACAAAUCAUCACCUCUAGUGGGCGAGAUUAUGGGGGAAGCAGGCCAUGGAUGUUGGAGCGUGAAUAAUUUGAGGGCCCCCUUGGAGGAGCAGCACCAUCCUUCUCCUUUCAUGCCGUCCAACACCACCGCGCUCUCUUCUUCCCCUCUCCAUUCCUUCUCCUCUCUGCUGCUCUCGAAUCACUAUCCGCUGCCUACAACCAACACAUCUCCGUGGCAUGACAGCAGCAGCAGCAGCCAAGGACUCGGCCAGCAGGAUUCAUGGAGCCAGCUCAUACACGGGGGAUUGGCUAAUGGGGAAGAUAGGUACAAGGAAGGCCAGAUGCUAUUCCCAACUACCAUUUGUUCAGAAGCUGGUGGGAGCGGCAAUUACAUAUACAACACCACAGCCAGCCGUGGGAGUAGCACAAGUGAUGAGAUCCAAUUGCCAUGGGGUAGCGUCCAUCAGCACCACAAGGCCUUGCAGCAGAAAGCUUCCUCCCCUAGGUCUUCUUCCAUAACCCCGACGACCUCCCUCGGAAGCAACAUGCUGGAGUUCUCAAACAACAGUAGUUCACCACGUGAGUGCAUCAGCACAGCAUCUGGAUCAGCUUUCAAGAAGGCCAGGACCCAAGAACCCUCCCCAGCUCAAUCUACUGUGAAGGUGAUGAGGAAGGAGAAACUAGGGGAUAGAAUAACUGCCCUCCACCAGCUUGUCUCACCGUUUGGAAAGACUGACACGGCGUCUGUACUCCUUGAAGCCAUUGGGUACAUCAGAUUCCUCCACGGUCAAAUUGAGGCUCUGAGCUCGCCGUACGUGGGCGGCAGCAAUGGAGGUGGUGGCGGUUGCGCCAGCGCCAGCUCCAGCUCCAGCUCCAAGCAGCAGCAGCACGAGGCUAGUGUGCAAGGAGAAAGGCACAACAUAUUUCCAGAAGACUCUGGCCAGGUAUCAUUAUCUACUCAAUUAGUCUCGCUCUUGCAUGACAGCGCCAUGAAAAAAAGAGGACAGCCUGACCAGGAUGGAAGCUAUGAAGAAGCGAAGAAGGAUCUAAGGAGCAAGGGUCUGUGCCUCGUCCCGGUGAGCUGCACGCUGGACGUCGGCUUGGAUGCGGUCGCUGGCCCGGCGGACUACUGGGCGGCAGCGCCGGCUUUCGGCAUGGGGUUCGGCCGGUAGAUAUAGCCGGAGGAUGAUGGGGACUACUGUGUGCGAUAUAUGCAUGCAGCAGGCUUGCAUGGGCUGCAUAACAUCAGGAGCAGCCAUCCUAGUGUGAAGAGAGGUGUUUAAGGCUGGUUCCUUUGGAUGCUCUGGAUAUAAUUAAUAUAUGCACACUGAUCAUGCUUGCAAAAAAGUAUAUAACCGAUAGUGUGUGUUAUUUUCUAGAGAUCGAUCCAUUUAAUUGGAUGCAUUGGAGAGAUCUGCGGACAAGCUAGGAGCGCAUGAUCUGUAACAUCAAUUGUAAGUCUCGCAUGGGUGCAGUGUGUAAUGUAUGCACGUUUAAUUUAUUGCAAGUUGCUAUUGAUUAUCUAAAUGAGACGAUCUUGCUCAUGAAA